CGGCGGCGGCCGGCAGCAUCCGGCGAGUACUCACUGCGCUGCGCGUAGGGCCCGGCUCUCUCUCUCUUCAAUUCACACGGGAUCGUUUGUUCUCGGGGUAGGCGCGACGACGUGUUUAUUUCCACAAUCGCGAGCGGUCGCCCUCGCCUCGCCCUAGCGCCGCGUCGACGGGCGAUGAGCCGCGUCCCCGGACGCUGGACUGCGCGCCUACGGCGAUAACCUCCGGCGAAGCGCUCGCACCGUCUGAUGGUUGAACCGGGAACUGUCCGGGCGUCAACUGAGGAACCCGCGGAAGACAUUGUUCGCCGGGAAGACCGGGAGAAGAUGCUGUUUGUAUAUCGGUUUAUCAAGCGCCCGGGGAAGACAGUGUAAACAGAACGCGAGAACGAGGGGAGCGCGCGACAUAACCUAACGGGCGGUUGCCGCGGAGGGGAAGAAAGAGCUCGCACCGCCUGCCUUGUGAAUUGCGAGACGGCCGGAGAUGUCGAUCGAGAUAGAAUCCGCCGAUGUGAUUCGGCUGAUACAGCAGUAUCUGAAGGAGUCGAACCUUGUGAAGACGCUGCAGACCUUACAGGAGGAGACGGGCGUGUCGCUUAACACCGUGGACAGUGUGGACGGAUUCGUCGCCGAUAUAAAUAACGGACACUGGGACACAGUUCUGAAAGCUAUACAGUCGUUAAAGUUACCUGACAAGAAACUCAUAGACUUGUACGAGCAGGUGGUUUUAGAGUUAAUCGAGCUGCGAGAAUUAGGCGCGGCACGUUCCUUGCUAAGACAGACUGACCCGAUGAUCAUGAUGAAGCAACAAGAACCCGAGAGAUACAUUCACUUAGAGAACUUACUCGCGCGCUCGUACUUCGAUCCGCGCGAGGCGUACACCGACGGGAGCACGAAGGAGAAACGACGAGCGUACAUAGCCACCGCUCUCGCUGGCGAAGUCUCGGUAGUACCGUCCAGCAGACUGCUCGCCCUGUUGGGACAGGCGUUGAAGUGGCAGCAGCAUCAGGGUCUGCUACCGCCCGGCACUACGAUAGACUUGUUCCGCGGAAAGGCGGCGGUGCGCGACCAGGAGGACGAGAAAUAUCCGACGCAAUUGUCGAAGCAGAUCAAAUUCGGCCAGAAGUCGCACGUGGAGUGCGCGCGUUUCUCGCCCGACGGCCAGUACCUCGUGACCGGCUCGGUGGACGGUUUCAUCGAGGUGUGGAACUUCACGACCGGCAAAAUAAGGAAGGACUUGAAGUACCAGGCGCAGGACAACUUUAUGAUGAUGGAGCAGGCGGUCCUGUCGAUGUCGUUCAGUCGCGACAGCGAGAUGCUGGCGGGCGGCGGUCAGGAUGGUAAAAUCAAGGUCUGGCGGGUGCAGAGCGGACAGUGCUUGAGGAGGUUCGAGAAGGCGCACUCGAAGGGCGUGACUUGCCUACAGUUUAGCAGAGAUAACAGUCAGAUAUUGUCGGCUUCGUUCGAUACUACUAUAAGGAUACACGGCCUCAAGUCCGGGAAAACUCUUAAGGAAUUCCGCGGUCACUCUUCGUUUGUCAACGAGGUCAUCUUCUCUCCGGACGGCCACAAUAUAAUUAGCGCGUCGUCGGACGGUACCGUGAAGAUCUGGAGCUUGAAGACCACCGAGUGCAUAGGCACUUACAAGUCAUUAGGAGCCGCUGAUCUCACGGUAAACAGCAUACACGCUCUUCCUCGAAACCCGGAGCACUUCGUCGUGUGCAAUCGUUCAAAUACGGUGGUGAUUAUGAAUAUGCAAGGGCAGAUAGUGAGAUCGUUCUCCAGCGGUAAGCGAGAGGGCGGUGACUUCGUGACUACGGUGGUGAGUCCGCGUGGCGAAUUUAUCUACUGCGUCGGUGAGGAUCUCGUGCUCUACUGUUUCUCCACGUCGUCGGGAAAGCUCGAGAGAACGCUCAACAUACACGAGAAGGACGUGAUCGGCUUGUCGCAUCAUCCCCAUCAAAAUUUGCUAUGUUCUUACAGCGAGGACGGACUGCUGAAAUUGUGGAAGCCGUAAAUAAAUAAGGAAACUUAUACUUCUUUGUAUAUUUAAAUACGAAAGUAAGAAGAACGGCGUCCCCGUGUACUACAAUACAGCAUUUUUUACAGCGACUGGUGUUACAGGUUUGUCCCCCGAUUAUUAUGCAAUUGUUAUUAUUCCAUUUGUUUUUUCAUCGUGGCACUGCCCGUAAUGUGCUGCCCAAUGGAAAAAGAAGAGAUACAAAACACGCACACAGAUAUUAAUACGCAUAAUUUCGAAACUCGAA